UGCCAGUUGGAAAUAUUUGUAAGUUUCAUGUAAAACAACGUUGUUGUCUGUGUCGUUUUAUCCAUGUUUGGAUAUUCUAAAAAAAGGACGUACGGUGUUACAGAUCAGUUUUUUGAGAUACGUUAGUGUGAUCUUUAAUUUAACGUUUAAAAAUGUCAGGAGUAGUAAUGUCCGAAGGCUCUCAAAUGCAACAAAUCGAUAUUUCUAAUUUAAAUUUACAACAAUUAAUGCAGUUGAAACAGCAAAUGGAUCAUGAACUCAAUAUCUUUCAAGAUUCAUUGCACAAAUUAAAACUCGCACAAAGUAGAUUCCUUGAAUCUGGAUCAUGUUUAGAAAAAAUUACGCCCAAAGUCGAAGGGAAAGAAAUACUUGUUCCUCUUACCGGAUCAAUGUAUGUUACUGGAAAGCUCGCAAAUACAAGUGAUGUAUUAGUAGAUAUUGGGACUGGAUACUACGUGCAAAAAAACAUACAAGAUGCGAAGGAAUAUUUCAAGGGAAGAGUUGAAUAUGUUACGAAGCAAAUGGAAAAGAUUCAGCAAGUCGGUUUAGAGAAAAGUAAAAUUAGGGAUGCGACAAUGAGCAUAAUUGAAAUGAAACUUCAGAAUCAAAUGGAAAAAGAGAUCACAGAGCGUGCGUAGGUUGAAUGACAGACAUAGAAAAGUUUUGCUUCUAUGUUACAAAUUUGUUUCAAUCAACUAAAUUUCCAUUAAUUUAUGUUUCAUUGUACAUCGAGGAGCACACAAUGUGUCGAAAAUUUCUAUAAUAAUAAGUCUUCUUGUAAACUUCUUAUCGAUGUUUUUGUCAAUUUAAAUAUAUUCUCUUUCGCUUGA